GGAUUGAUGAUCAGCUUGCACUUAGUAUUUAUAAAGUUCUUGGAUUCCAAGCUUUCAACUGCAUUUAGAGAAAGCACAGCAAUGGAUCUCUUCAUAGUUCUGGUGAUAUGUCUUUCUUGUUUGAUUCCUUUCUUUCUGUGGAAUUGUAACCGUGCCAAAGGGAAGCUGCCGCCUGGCCCCACUCCCCUCCCAAUCAUUGGAAACAUUCUACAGAUAAAUAUUAAGAACAUCAACAAAUCCCUAAGCAAGCUAGCAGAGAGUUACGGCCCUGUGUUCACUGUGUAUUUUGGCAUGAAGCCCACUGUGGUGUUAUAUGGAUAUGAAGCAGUGAAGGAAGCUCUGAUUGAUCGGGGUGAGGCGUUUUCUGGCAGAGGCCCUUUCCCAGUGGUGGACUGGAUCAACCGGGGAUUCGGAAUUAUUUUCAGCAAUGGAGAAAGAUGGAAGCUAACCCGACGUUUUUCCAUCACGAUUUUGCGGAAAAUGGGGAUGGGAAAGAAGACUAUUGAAGACAGAAUUCAAGAGGAAGCCUUGUGUCUGGUGGAAGCAUUAAAAAAAACCAAUGCAUCUCCCUGUGAUCCUGCGUUCCUUCUGGGCUGUGCUCCCUGCAAUGUCAUCUGCUCCAUUAUUUUCCAGAAUCGUUUUGAGUAUGAUGAUAAAACAUUCUUAACCUUGAUAGAAUAUUUUCAGGAAAACUUCCUAAUUUUAAGCACCUCCUGGAUACAGCUCUACAAUGCUUUCCCUCUUUUAAUACAUUACCUUCCAGGAAGCCAUCACGUGUUAUUUAAAAAUAUUGCUAAACAAUUUGAGUUUAUUAUGGAAAAAAUACAAGAACACCAAGAAUCCCUGGACUUCAAUAACCCUCGGGACUUUAUUGACUACUUCCUGAUCAAAAUAGAAAAGGAAAAACACAAUAAACAGACUGAAUUUACCAUGGACAACUUGAUCAUUACCAUAUGGGAUAUGUUUGGUGCAGGAACAGAGACAACGAGCACCACCCUGAGAUAUGGAUUCCUCGUGCUGCUGAAGUACCCGGAGAUCACAGCUAAAGUCCAGGAAGAGAUUCACCGUGUGGUUGGCAGACAUCGGAGCCCCUGCAUGCAGGACAGGAGCCGUAUGCCCUACACGGAUGCUGUGGUUCACGAGAUCCAGAGAUACAUCGACCUCAUCCCCAACGGUCUCCCACAUGCAGUGACUCAGGAUAUUAAGUUCAGAGAAUACCUUAUUCCCAAGGGCACAGUCAUAUUAACAUCUCUGACUUCUGUCCUGCAAGAUGACAAAGAGUUUCCCAACCCAGAUCGCUUUGAUCCCGGCCACUUCCUGGAUGAAAGUGGCAACUUUAAGAAGAGUGACUACUUCAUGGCCUUCUCAGCAGGAAAGAGAGCUUGUCUUGGAGAAGGCCUGGCCCGCAUGGAGCUCUUUUUACUACUGACCAACAUUUUACAGCAUUUCACCUUGAAACCUCUGGUUGAUCCAAAGGACAUUGACACCACCCCAAAAGUCAGUGGGUUGGGCGCCAUGCCACCCUUCUUCAAGCUCUGUUUCGUUCCAGUCUGAAGAAAGGCCAGGCUGCCAGACUGCAGAGCCACUCUCUGGCCUCAGCUGAACAAGCCAGAUGCUUUCUGGCCUCUGUGUUAGCCACUGUCCACCUCUCCUUUCACAUCAGGGAGGACAUUCCUAAACCUGUCUCUUCUCAUUGUCCUCAUCUUUUAAGAUUCAGUUCAAAUUUACCCACAUGAAACAAAACUCACUGUUACUUUCCAAUUAAAUUCUUUGUGUUUCUAAAUGCAAUUCUAAAUUCUAGUUUAGAAUUUAGAAUUUAGAAUUCUAAUUCUAAAUCCAAUCGUGAGAUUAUGCUAUAUCUCAUCUGCAGUGUAUACCAAUGUAAGGCACCUUAUUAAUAUAUUUUCUUCUAUUAAAAAUUAAAAAUUAGGGGCGCCUGGGUGGCUCAGUCGUUAAGCGUCUG